UAAUUCAAAAGUUCUAUCAUUAUUGUUGUUUAUUUUUGCAUAUCAUUAAUUUAUUGGUAAACAAAUCUAUUAAUAAUAAAUAAAUAAUGAUGAAAUAAAUAACGGAAUCCGGACUUUUAAAAUAGAUAAAUGAACAUUUAGAAAAUACAUCUAUUCAAACAAAUUAAUGGAUGUAGUUGAAGUUAUACCAAAUGUCAAUAAAGAUCAAGAAUGCUAUUUAAUUAACGAAAGACAACAUGUUGAUUCACCCACACCUUUCAUAAAAAUGCCAGGAGAGCCAACCGUUUAUAAUCACUUUGACAAACCAAAUGAAUUGAAUGACUCACUAGAUGAAAACAAUGACAAAAAUGAUGAAAACAAUGACAAAAAUGAUGACAAUAUUACUACAUCCAAUUCCAAGAGAUUUUCCAAAAGGGUUGCAGCCAUUAAGAGAAAGGAUUUAAACGAGGAUGAGUUAUUCAAGAUAGCCAUGGGGGGAUCCCGGUUCCAAAGGCAUAAUGCAAUGAAUAGCACCAAUUGCAUUAACUAUAAUAACACACACAAAAAACUCUGCUGUAUUAGCAAUGAAAGAAUGGGUUCUACAAAACUAUUAAUAUCUAACGCCAAAUUGUCAUCCACAAUUCCAAAUAAAACUUUCAGAAACUACUUAGAUAUGCCUGCCAAUUGGUUGAACAUAACGGGUUCCAAUCAUAUUGAUGAACACAAAUUAAGUGUAGAUACAUUUCCCAAAGAUGGGACAGAUCCAGAACUAGAAGACACUUCUAAUGAUCUGAGUAAAAUGGACCUUGCAGAUCUCGCCAAUGAAGUUGAACCUUUAGUUGAUGCCCUCUAUGCUGAGGAGGCUAAACUUGUUUUGCUAAAGAAACUUAAACUUAGCCAGAGGCAGAGUAAACUCCCUCCAAAUUUUACUUCCUUCUUGGCAACUAAUCAGAUCCCUGGCAUCCAAGAUGUCAAUAAUAACCCCAAACCAUUUUCUACUACUUCUAUCUCAUCAGUGGGUUCCUCCUUAUCAAAUAAUGUUUCUCUCAAUCUACCUUUCCCUUCUUCCUUACCUACAUUCUCCAUGAAUAAUAUAUUGACCCAUUUUGAUCCACUAAGCAAAACAAACUUCUCAACAUCUAACCCCAAUCAAGUUAACCAGAUGAACAAAGAAGCCUUAAAGGCAGCAAGCAACAUGAUGAUGAUGAUGCUAAACAUAUCUGGAGGUGCUAACCAGUCCCUUAUUCCACCAUGCCUUCCUACAACUCCUCACACUUUUAGCCACCCAACCCUUCACCAAAAAUCAUCUGUGGCCAGUGAUAAAAUGAUUCCUAUAAACAAUCACAACUCCUCCCAUAAAGUAACCCACUCGACUAGUUCUGCGGGUAUGUCAACCAUACCACUUAAUACUAAUAGUCAAUACAAAUCACAAUCUAGCUCCAACUCAAUCAUCAGUAACAUGACUAACCCAAGCAAAGACCAGCAGACUAUCACUUCCAGUAAUAGUCACUCUUUAACCAAAGAACAAGUGGCUUUGAACAUCAAGCAACAACAAGCCGCUGCAAAGCUUGCCCUAAGAAAACAGCUUGAAAAAACAUUGUUGCAGAUUCCCCCACCAAAACCACCUGCCCCCCAACUUAGAUUUGUACCCAAUGGAGCAAAUUACAACUUUUUCUUGUAUCUUAGUGGGGUAGAGGCAGCUGCCCAUUGCUUGUUAAUUACCUUGGGUCGGAGGCAACAUUCUCAAAAGAAGAAUUUUUUAAAUUCUCAAAAUAACCCUGGCAGCCUUAGUUCACAAACAAACCCGCAAACUAUAGUUGAACCAGUUAGGCUCAUUCCUUUUGUGUAUGCCAAGAGUGAUCGAAAAAUAGAACCAUAUAUUUGUAGUCAAUGCGGAACUGAUUUUUCACCUCUGUGGCAAAAUUUGGCCGAUGAUGCAGAGCUAAAUGCUAAAGAAGAAAAUGAUGGCUUGGACUCAGAAAAGAGCCAAGGUACUACAAACACCACUUUGAAUGGUGGCAGACAUAAUACCAAAUUUAGACCUAAGAGGUGUAAGGUCCUUUGCGAGACUUGUUCUGCUUGCAAUCAGAAAAAGAGCCUCAAGGCUGAGCAUACCUCCCGGCUCAAGGCUGCUUUUAUACAGGCUUUGCAACAAGAGCAAGAGAUUGAGAGACUUAUGCAACAACACCACAAAACCUUUGAAAAAUCUCUAUCCAAUCUUUCUAGCUCUGCUACCCAUCACACCUCUUCUAACUACCAAUCCCAGCCUCAGUCUUAUUCAACAUCCAUUUCCUAUACCAAAACUAGCAAACAUAACCAACCACAUGAUACCAUUUCCCACAAUAAGCUAACUCCUACUUCCAAUGGUGGUUCUUCUAAGGCACAAUUAGGGAUAAACAUGAACCUGGCUAAAUUGACUGGGUCAGUCCUUCCUCUCUCAUCCAUGCCACAACACACGUUGCAUCACAGAGGAUCAUCAAAGCAAUAUCAACCAUCUACGACUUCCUUGGAUAGGGGAAUUGAGGUUGGAAAUCGUGAAAGCCAAGAAGAGCGGGAAAAGGCCCUACACUUUCUUUCCUCCGCGCUAGGCAAAGCUGUCAUGGCCGCUUCCAAUAAUUUUACCAAUCACCGCCCUAACCCGGAUCCCCAUCAACGCAAAUAUCUGCUCGAUUUGAUUCCCUCUUCGAGCAAACAUCAAACUCAGCAUUCCUCCGAGAGUUAUUCCAUAAGGAAAUGAACAGAUUUCCAUGGACAUUUAUAAUAUACUAUUUUAAUUAUUUGAUACAUACCCAGAGAUUGUCAACUUAUAAUGUGGCAUCAUUGAAGAUAUAAUGCUACACCUCCCUGACCCAAAGAAUUAUUUAAUAUUAGUCGUGAAAUAAACUUGUAUUUUCUAAGGUUGCUAUAAUACAACUAAUGUAAAUAUUACAUCCUGAAAAUAUUUUUUUUGUAAAUUUUUUCUUUGACUCGGAAUUAUUUAUUUUAU